AUGAGCGCGGAUAUAGCCACCUACCACGAACACUUCAUCGUCGGCAAUCUCUAUACUCUCCGUAUCCACAUCACACCGCCUCCUAGCAUGGCCGACCACCCCGAGUCCAGCGGCAAGCGGUCGACCUCUCGAACGCGUACGUCGCGUCCCACGACCCCGCUACGCCCCUCCUCCAGAUCAUCUUUCAGGGAAUCAGCCAGAGAAAGCGUCCAUGGAGGUGAACCUUUCCCUCUGAACACUUUCGAGCCAGCUUUUGCUGAGCUGUCCGACGCCAUGGCCGACCUCGAAGCCAACAUGAUGCACUUCCAAUUGAUGCAUGAGAGCUUGGCUCGCUUUAGCGAGUCUUUUGCCAGCUUUCUGUACGGCCUCAACAUGAACGCUUUCUGCGUAGACUACCCAGAGGGGCCCAUAACAGAAUCUUUCCGACGCGCAAGGCAGCAAGAGGAGUCGGGCGCACAUUCAGCGCCCACUCGAACAGACACUGGGCCAGAAAAUGACGGCGAGAUGACCUUUAUGACCACAGAUGUUUCUUUCGUCGACAACCCUCCCGCAUCCGCCAAGCCGACCCCGAGAUUGAAAACACCCGAACCCGUGGCGCAAGAGGAGGACGCCGUGGAGCCGCCGAGUCGCAAAGAGGCCGGCCUAGCGGUCUGGCCCGUGCCCGAGGCCGUGGUGUCCGAUGAUUGA